UAUAAAUACUUGCUAACUCUUCCUUUGAAACUAGUAGCUAGGGAAGUUGUAGACAAGAAAUUGCAAGAGAGAGAGGGAGAGAGAGAUAGAGAUGGGUCGAGGGAGAGCACCGUGCUGUGAGAAAGUUGGGCUGAACAAGGGCUCAUGGACGCCGGAGGAGGACAUGAGACUCAUGGCCUACAUUCAGAAGUAUGGUCAUGGGAAUUGGCGUGCUCUUCCCAAACGAGCAGGCUUGCUGCGAUGCGGAAAGAGUUGCCGUCUCAGGUGGAUGAACUACCUUCGGCCUGACAUCAAGCGAGGAAACUUCAGCAAGGAAGAAGAGGAAUCCAUAAUUAAGCUCCAUGGCUUGCUUGGAAACAAAUGGUCGAAAAUAGCGUCUUGUCUGCCGGGAAGAACCGACAAUGAGAUCAAGAAUGUGUGGAACACACACUUGAAGAAGAGGCUCCUGUCCAAAGAUCGAAGCCAGAAGACCGACAACCUCGAAGAGAUGCCAAGCUUGUCUUCCUCCUCCACCACCUCCCACUCAUGCUCCGAUCAAGUCGAAGGCAAGAGCGACAGCGAGCACAACAAUCCAAGUGUAGACUCCAUGAAUCCCUCGGAGGAUAAGAUUGAGAUUCCCAUUGAGCCCAGCAUGGACAUGUGGGUCAUGCUAGAGGAUGCUCUCCCGAGCUCGCCUCGAAAAACCGACACUGAGGACAAGAAUAUAUUGGAGACGCAGCUAGAGCAAAAUUCUUUUUCAGAUUCCUUAGCAACCAAUGUCAGUAGCAGCAGAGGAGGACAAGGACAAGCGCUCAACGACAUUUACCCGAGGGAGGCUGAGAAAGAUCCAUUGGAGGUGCCUGAUGUACCCAUCGAACCGGAGAUCUGGGACAUGAUCCAGGACGGCGAUGCCGGAUUGUUUAGUCCACAAGUGGGGGCCAUGGAGGAGCUUGGAUUUCAUGGGAAUCCACAAAGUUUAGAUGAGGAUCCAAGCAGAGGCGAAGGGAGCAGAAUUUGGGUGGAAUACUUGGAGAAGGAGCUUGGCUUGUGGGGAGCGAGUGAUGACAACCAGGAGUGCCUCAUGGGUCCCUGGGCCGAGAUGGAGGGAGAUCCUGUGUCCCGUUAUUUUCAAAAGGGGCCCUCUUCCCCCUCUCCUUUAGAUCUCCAUGACUUGAAGGUGUCCUAAUACAUUGUUAUGGGUCCAAAGGUAGGUUAGAUCUCACACAAAGGUGUAUAUUUAGGAGGCCGUGGGUGUUGGACACAUUCCUAACCUUUCAUUAAAGAGUCAAAGUUGUAGGUGCUUAAAUUAGUACUUAAUACUAUGAGGAUGUGACUCAUGU